AUGGGGGUGAGCCCCCAGGGAGCGGGGGACGAGGACUCGUGCUCCUCCUCGGCCCCGCUGUCCCCGUCGUCCUCGCCCCGGUCCAUGGCCUCGGGCUCCGUCUGCCCCCCUGGCAAGUGUGUGUGCAACAGCUGCGGCCUGGAGAUCGUGGACAAGUACCUUCUCAAGGUGAAUGACCUGUGCUGGCAUGUUCGGUGUCUCUCCUGCAGUGUCUGCAGGACCUCCUUAGGAAGGCAUACCAGCUGUUAUAUUAAAGACAAAGACAUUUUCUGCAAACUUGAUUAUUUCAGAAGGUAUGGAACUCGCUGCUCUCGUUGUGGGAGGCACAUCCAUUCUACUGACUGGGUCCGGAGGGCCAAGGGGAAUGUCUAUCACUUGGCAUGCUUUGCCUGCUUUUCUUGCAAAAGGCAGCUUUCCACGGGAGAGGAGUUUGCUUUGGUGGAAGAGAAAGUCCUCUGCAGAGUGCAUUAUGACUGUAUGCUGGAUAAUUUGAAAAGAGAAGUGGAAAAUGGUAAUGGGAUUAGUGUUGAAGGUGCCCUCCUCACAGAGCAAGAUGUUAAUCAUCCAAAACCAGCAAAAAGAGCUCGGACCAGCUUUACAGCAGAUCAGCUCCAGGUAAUGCAAGCACAAUUUGCUCAGGACAACAACCCAGAUGCACAGACUCUCCAGAAACUGGCAGAAAGGACAGGCUUGAGCAGACGUGUGAUACAGGUGUGGUUUCAGAAUUGUAGAGCACGCCACAAGAAACACGUCAGUCCUAAUCACUCCUCCUCGGCCCCAGUCACAGCAGUCCCACCCUCCCGGCUGUCUCCACCCAUGUUAGAAGAAAUGGCUUAUUCUGCCUAUGUGCCCCAAGAUGGGACGAUGCUAACUGCGCUGCAUAGUUACAUGGAUGCUCAUUCACCAACAACUCUUGGACUCCAGCCCUUGUUACCCCAUUCAAUGACACAACUGCCAAUAAGUCAUACCUAA